AUUGGCCAGCAGGCGCGCGGCUUCUGGGCUGCCAGUGUGCACAUCAAUGAGCCUGUUUUAGCCGUCGACCCAUUCGACCACUUACCAUGCUCGUUGCACUCCCUUGACAUUGCUUGUUCGAAGCCUUAGACCAGCCAUGGCACACCCUCACUACCCUCGCCUUGUAUGACUGUCAAACGAACUACCCAUCGUCACCGCUGUAAAUAUCCGGCUACCUCCCUUCGUCUAAGAAAUAACGAACAACCCCUUUUGCCUCCAUUGCCCUGUCUUUCCCUAUCCUCCACCCCGAAUCCGAUGAUUACAGGACUCUAUCCAGGAGCAGCAACCGAUCGGCCAUUGCGCGCAGGAGGCGGGCCAGGAGGGAGGGCUGUGGCCUGUUCAUCAACGCGAUAAAUUCAAUACCGAUACAACAACAGGGCCAGAAAGCCGGAUCGUCCGCCUCAUGAAGGUUCGUGAAUAUCCUUAAGGUUGCUGAGCCCGGCAAUACUCGAGAAGCCUGCAGACGCAAGUAGGAAGUCCAUGGGGUUGCUGUGUCCAUUUCGUACCUGCCCAGCUUCGAAUCUAGACCAUUGCUGACAUCGUGCUCGCUUUAGACUUCAUCGCGGAGCAGGGACACGGGCGCGAGCUUCGCAGCCCGCAGAGGGCAUCUCCCACAACUGUCCAUCAAUGACGAAAGCCAUCAUAUCACCGAAACCAUUGGCUACCUUUACGAUGACGACGAACUCGAGCAAGACGUACGGAAUAAUAGUAUCAAUUCGCAUCAGCACACCAACCUCAAUUCACAUGGCGCUGCCAAUGGAAUACAGGCGGAGAACACGCGGGCCCUGAGGAGGACUUCAAUACCGCGAAAGCAACUGCCAGGUAGAGAGAGCACAAAUGGGAACGAUGCGACACACUCAAACGGCCUCUCUAGAGGCCUUUCAGUACAAGGACAAUCGUGGGACCGGGAUCGAUCCUCCCCUUCGCCGCCUAUGAACACUCGAGAACGGUCACCAUCUGACACGGCUACGUCUUCUUUCCCUCUGAACGAUAUCGACUAUGAAUCAAGUCCUGCUGGACUGGCGCAAGAGUUGAGCAAUCUACAAGCUUUGAGGAGAAUGUCAAUGAACGUCGGCGCUGCGGAUGACCCGGACUUGCCACAACUGAGCGCGGCUGGUAUGCCAAAUGCGCCGUCCUCUACCUCCAGUGAGGAUGAUUCCUCGCGAUUAUUCUGGGUGCCGGCCCGCUUACAUCCCGAAUUGGCACCGAAGGAGUUUAAAACAUUUCUUGAGGGCAAGGCUGAGCAGAUAAGGCGCAGGUCAGGUGAAUUGUCAGCAUUUAGCCCACCAACGUCCUCCAGAUCGAGCUCACUGAGCGUGGAAGGAGGGAACUCAGGUUUAAGGCGGAAAAAAUCCAUGCUGUCCCGACAGAUCAAUAGCUCUGUGGGCUAUCAGGACGGAGCAGAUCGACUGGAAAGGAAGAAAUCUCAGUCGCGAAGGACUACUCCGCAGGAUCCCAACCUACAGGAAUUGGAGACCUUGGUGGCCAACACUGUAGGAGUAUCGGACGUGGAGCCCGAAAAGCCUAAGGAGGACGACACCGGUGACAUUAUACUUCCAUCGGUCCCCGGCUCCAGCCUUAAGAGGUCGACGAGGACGACGUACAGACGCGGUGGCAGUUUAAAAGGAAGAGGGGCCGAUCGCAGUACCUAUGCGCAAAGAGCUGCAAGGAGAGCUGCGAGUGGAAGUCCAUCAGGGAGUAGGCCUGAAUCGCCAGAGGCCAAUGUACCUGCGAUUCCACCAAUUCCAAUCUUCGCUUCGGGCGACGUUGCGAAUCUCGCUCUAACACUUAAAGAUCCCUCUGUAUCAGCAGCACCAGCCAAAAGUGCUGCAAUGAACUUUUCGCGACCGGCAGGACGUGAUGUUUCGCCCAACGCUGGUUUGGGCUCGUCUGUCCCUUCGACCUUCGACUCAAUUUUCAAGGACGAUGACCCCUCGAGGCGGUCCAGCACGUCGAGCAUGCCAGAAAUACAAAGACUUUCGUCGGCGCCACAAUCGCCCCCCAAAUCAAACACACCGGUUGAGCGAAAAUCGGUGCCACAGAUCGUUGAGACACCACCCCCUGAAGAGCCACGCACACAUGCUCAACCUCUACGCUCAUCUUCCAUUCAAGCACCGGUCAGGCACCCUGAACGAGUAUCAUCCCGUGAAGACAAGGCCAGAAAUAUCUCUCCUCAAAGGCCUCCUAUGCCGAGCAAGGGCUCGCUGCCAAGCCUCACUGGAAGGUCUCCGCCAGGACCGAAUGCAAUGCCUCCACAAACCAAACCAACACAGAGCCUUGAGCAGCCUUCGCCUCUUCCAGGGAACGAUACGAAUACCAGCAAUUUGUCCUUCAUUCCGACACUUACUGUUGACAAACGCGCCGACAACAGGAAGAAGGAAGACAAGAAAUCUUCAUGGAGCUGGUUAUUGGGCAAAGAGGAUGGUGACAAAGAUAAAACUGAUAAGCCAAAGGCCAAGAUUGCUAAGCCACCGCAACAGCACGACAACACUAGGCUUGAUGUUUUGCAGGCUUCAAUCGAUGGUGUUGGAAAAGGUCGGGAGAGCAUCGUCCUCGACCGUGAUAGCCUAAAGCUAGACGAAGAACGUAAAAAGGAAAGUCAACGGAAAUCUUCCGGCAGUGACACGAAGAAGGAGAAAGAAAGCAUCUUCUCUACGAUAUUUGGCGGAAAGAAGGCCAAAGGAGAAAAGGAGAGUAAUUCAAAGAAGGCUCGUGAGCGUGUUCUGUCGCCGGAACCCCCGUACCGAGAACUAAGACCAGACAUCGACUACAACUGGACAAGAUUUUCGAUAUUGGAGGAAAGAGCAAUAUACCGAAUGGCACAUAUCAAGCUCGCUAAUCCACGACGGGCACUUCACUCACAGGUGUUGUUGAGUAAUUUUAUGUAUAGCUAUCUGGCGAAAGUCCAACAGAUGCACCCACAGAUGAAUCUACCCACAAGUGCGAAGCAGCAGAGGAAACAACAGCAAAAGGACCAGCAGCCAGAUGAGUUUACUCAAUAUCAGCGGUAUCAACAGCAGCAAGCACAACAACAGUCCCUGGAACAACAACAGCAACCACAAUCAUAUGGUUCUCAACAGGACAUGAAGGAUACUGCGGGAUAUGAUUACGACCGGGGCUCUGGUUCGAGAUCGAUCUCAAGAGGCAGCAAAACGUCAGUGGAAGAUAAUGGGUCAUCAUACAAAGGAGGUGGCUAUAGUCAAUACCAUGGUUCUCAACAGCAGCAACAACAACAACAACAUCAGCAAGGGCAAUAUGGGGCCCAGCUGGAUGACGAUGACGAUGAUAUGUGGUAAUACUUUGCAUUCUGUAAGGUUCUACGAAGAGAUAUUACUCUUUUGCAAAUAUCGUGUAUAUCUCUUGUCUGGAGAUGGUUUCUGCUCCUUGAGCGAAAUUUCACUCAGGGAACAUGCUCCGGGGACACGGCAGCGCUUUCUCUGCUUUCUUAGUUUCUCAUUUUCAGCAUAGCGAGAGGACGUGAGCGGAAUAUUCAAUACCAAGUUCGAGGUCCAUCUAUUGGGGGGGAUUUAUUAUAGUAGCUAUGGUCAUGUGGUAUCUGAAUAUACUGCUUACUGCCAUCUUCACGAUGGUAAAACCCUUA